AUGGACACUACCGAAGUUAGAAAAAAUCAUCAAUUUGACUCUGUUUAAUUGAGAACAUAUUUUGAUAAAAUUUUAUACAACGAAAAUACUAACGGAUAAGUUCAUCCAAUAGAAAUCAAGCAAUUUUCACAUGGACAAUCUAAUCCUACAUUUUAUAUUAAUUACAGAAACGAAGAAUACGUUUUAAGAAAAAAACCUCCAGGCAAGCUUCUUAAAGGAGCUCAUUUAGUUGAUAGAGAAUUCAAAAUUAUUUCUGCUCUUCAUAAAGCAAACUUCCCAGUAGCUAAACCCAUAUUAUACUGCAGUGACCCUUAAAUAAUAGGUACUGAAUUCUACGUAAUGAGCUAUGUUAGAGGAAGAAUUUUUAGAGCUGAUAACAUAGAUUUAAAGGGCUUAAUUCCAGAUGAAAGAAGAGAGAUAUAUAGAGAAUUACUUGAUGUUUUAGUAAGACUUCAUAAGUUAGAUCCAUAUUAAAUUGGGCUUGGAGACUUAUCUGCAAAUCCUGAAGCUUACUAUGAUAAGCAAAUUGAAACUUGGAGCCGCAAUUAUAAGUUAGCUGAAACUGAUCCUAUAAAGGAUAUGGAUGAUGUGAUUGAAUGGCUACCUAAUAAUAAACCUGUUAAAACUGCUGACAAUUCUAAAAUCAGUAUAGUCCAUGGUGAUUACAGAUUAGAUAAUGUUAUUUUCCAUCCUACUGAACCCAGAAUCUUAGCUGUUCUUGAUUGGGAACUUACUGCUUUAGGCAAUCCUAUUGCUGAUGCUGCUUACACUUGUAUGGCUUACUAUUCCUACCCAUCAAUCCUUGGCUUUGGUAAAUUAGAUUUUACUUAUCAUGGCAUUCCUCAUGAGUUCACUAUUCGUUAAACUUAUUGCGAAAAAAUGGGUUUAUAAGAAAUUUCUGAUAAAGACUGGUACUUCUAUCUGUGUUUCUCCUUUUUUAGAUUAGCAGCAAUCAGCUAAGGAGUUUUCAGAAGAUCUUAACUUGGAAACGCCAGCAGUACAAAUGCCGGUUUAUAUCAUAAAAAUGCAAAAUUCCUUGCAAACAGAUGCAAGUUAAUGAUUAAGAAAAGUACUGGUGAAAUUCCUCCUAAUCCCAAGCUCCAGGGAAUUUUCAAUAACUUCUCUGCAAAAUAUAAAGAACUUGAAAGAAAAUUAAUCAUUUUUAUGGACAAGUAUAUUUAUCCAAAUGAAUAAACCUACUAUAACUAGAUUUCUGAAGACAAAAAGUUAAGAUGGUAAACAGUUCCUCCUGUAUUAAAAUAACUUCAAGAAAAAGCUAAAGCUUAAGGACUUUGGAAUCUCUUCCUCCCUUCUGUUUCAGGCUUAACUAACCUCGAAUAUGCUCCUCUUUGUGAAAUUAUGGGAAGAUCUUUCUUAGCUCCAGUAGUUUUCAAUUGUAGUGCACCUGAUACAGGCAACAUGGAAGUAUUACACUUAUAUGGAACAAAAGAAUAAAAGAAACAAUGGUUAGAACCUUUGUUAAAUGGUGAAAUAAGAUCUAUGUAUGGCAUGACAGAACCUGCAGUAGCCUCAUCAGAUGCUACUAAUAUGAGUUUAUAAAUAAGCAGAUGUCCUAAAGAGCCUGAAAAUUUCUACAUUGUAAAUGGACGCAAGUGGUGGAGUUCAGGUGCUGGAGAUCCUCAUUGCAAGGUAGCUAUCGUUAUGGGUGUUACUCCUAAUCCUAAGAAACGUAGACACGAAUAACACUCUUAAAUUUUGGUACCUAUGGAUGCACCUGGAGUUAAGAUUCUAAGACCCUUAUAAGUUUUUGGAAUUGAUGAUGCUCCUCAUGGCCAUAUGGAAAUCGAUUUCUAAAAUGUAAGAGUACCUGCUUCAAACAUGAUUCUUGGAGAAGGAAGAGGAUUUGAAAUUUCUCAAGGAAGACUUGGACCUGGUAGAAUCCAUCAUUGUAUGAGAUUAAUUGGCUUGAUGGAAAGAUGCUAUGAUUCAAUGUGUGAUAGAGUUGGAAGAAGAUCUACAUUUGGCAAAUAACUUAAGGACAAUGAUAAUGUACUUUAAAUCAUAGGUGAUUGCAGAUGUAAAAUAGAUUAAGCUAGAUUAUUAACUUUAAAUGCUGCUAGAAUGAUUGAUACAGUUGGUGCCAAAAAUGCUAGAAUAGAAAUUAGUAUGAUUAAGAUUGUUGCUCCUAGGGUUGCUUGUGAAGUUAUUGAUGCCGCUAUCUAAAUUCACGGUGGAGCAGGUGUAUCUUAGGAUCACCAUCUAGCAUAAGCUUAUAUUAAUGCUCGUACACUUAGAUUAGCUGAUGGACCUGAUGAAGUACAUUUAAUGGCCGUUGCUAAGUCUGAAUUGCAAAGAUAUCAUCCAAGACUUUGA